AGGAACAAAAAAACCAGCAGUAGCAGAAACAGAGCUGAGUAUGGUAGAUAAGUAGCAAUUUCUUGCAAGUAAAUAGGUCUUAGAUACCUUAUGCCUAUCUAAUGCUUAAAUAGAACUGGCACAAUGCAACCAUUUUUGUUCACCUGUUACGCUCAACUCAGCUGAACUAACCAGCUUCCCUCUGUGAAUUAAGUGUCUAUUCCUUUCUUUCCAUCACUCCUUCCUUCUCUUCUUCCUGGGGGGAAGCAAUUAGUGUUUGUGGAACUGCUGGGCAAUGCUGUUAUAUUGAAGGUAAGUAAUUCAGUCCUUAUUCUGUUCUCCAUGAUAACUGGAAUGGCAAAGGUUUAAUUACAGCUGUGGUUUGUGUAACCCCCUCCCCAAAGUAGCUUCCUUUUCCUUUAUUCCCCUGAUCACGAUUAGUUGUUUGUUUGUUUUAUAAAAGCAAUUCAAAGCAACUUGGAACAACAAAUGAACAACACAUACUCUCAAGGCAACAGAAAACAGUUGCUAUUUGGUUGGUCCCUUUUUCUAAGAGAGAGAAAAAUGAUUCCAAUUAUUUAUUUGUUUGUUUAUUUUACAUGCCCUUCAUCAAUAGGUCUCAGCGCAGUUUACAGAAUAAAAUACAAGAUAAAACACAAGUAAAUAAUUAAACCCAAACAACAAAAUAAACCCCCUCUUCCCACAGCACUUUGAAUUGGGCCAGUUAGCUAAUUGGACUUACUCCCACUUUUUGGUAUAGGAUAGUAGCAUAAUUUUCCAGGGACACUUCAUCCGAUUCAAUAAGCAUUAUCCUUAACUAUAAACAAAAACAUAAACAAAUAUGUCAUACACAAACACAUGGGAGAGAGAGACAAAGUUUAACACGACGAUGGAUUAUAUUCAUGUGUUUUGCAAAAGGUUUUGUGAUGAGAUAAGCUAAUGACAUUUAUGGGUUUGUUUUCUUUGGUAGUUCAUGUUGACAUGGCAGCACUGAGGGGAUAGAACAAGACUUUUUCACCCUCGCAAUGCGUUAGCAAAAAUAGCCAGAUCUGGACCCAGAGAUGAUUCUGUAUGUAUAGAAGCAAAAUGUCGAGACACGCUUUGGCUUGGCUCCCCGUAGAGAGACAGAGUGCCUGAAAACAGUUCCUCAGAUCUGUAUAAUGAAACCCUCAAAAUCUGUGCUGCUUCUGAAUGAAAAUAAUCAUGUCAACAUGGUGUCCUUUUGUCAUCAUAGCAUCAUAGUAAAAGCUUUUCAGUGCGGAAAAUGGUGCCACCUGGUGGCCCUGACCAAACAUUCGCUCUAGUUUUUGUUUUUAUUAUAUUACACAGCAUCACCAUAAAGAGUGGUGUUCUCAUUGGCUGCACAAACUAGCUCAGUGUCACUGGGGAAGAUACUGUUAUUUGCAAAAGCCCUUUCUUUAGCAUGCAUGCCAUAGUACAUGUGGCUGUAAUUGGUUUUAGUAGUUUUUAAAUUCAGAAUUUAAAUGUGCUGGUGGGAUGUGAGUGAUAAAUGGUGGGUAAUAUAUGUGGCAUGUAUGUCGUAAUCAUCAGCAUUGCUUUGAGCUUAACAUUAUCAUCACCAAAUUGCUGAGAUCAAACUAGGGGGGUCAGUUCAAAAGUAAAGGGUUGGCCCUUUAUUUAUUAAAAAAAUUAAUAAAUUGCAUUUUCAAAAACAGGAACAGAGAGCAUAUUUAGCCCCCCUCCCCUCCCCCUGUCCCACUUACAACUUCAUACCAAAUACAGCAUGCAUACUUCUACCUUUAAUAACAAUUUUCUUAGAAGGAACACCAUAUUUUCAUAGUCAUAUAGUCAUAAUACUUCCAAGGAUUCCUCAGGACAACAACACUUUUCUCUCAAAAGGAGACCUACCUAAGGCUUAAUGAAAUACAGUGGUACCUCAGGUUACGUACGCUUCAGGUUACAUACGCUUCAGGUUACAGACUCCGCUCACCCAGAAAUAGUGCUUCAGGUUAAGAACUUUGCUUCAGGAUGAGAACAGAAAUCGGGCUCCGGCAGCGCGGCAGCAGCGGGAGGUCCCAUUAGCUAAAGUGCUGCUUCAGAUUAAGAACAGUUUCAGGUUAAGUACGGACUUCCGGAACGAAUUAAGUACUUAACCUGAGGUACCACUGUACCAACACUGCAUUUUAGCUUGUGAGAGCAUUUAUGCUCAACUAGGCUGGUUACUGGCGCUGUGGGUAAAACCUCAGCGCCUAGGACUUGCCGAUCGAAAGGUCGGCGGUUCGAAUCCCCGCGGCAGGGUGAGCUCCCGUCGUUCGGUCCCAGCACCUGCCAACCUAGCAGUUCGAAAGCACCCCCGGGUGCAAGUAGAUAAAUAGGGACCGCUUACCAGCGGGAAGGUAAACGGCGUUCCGUGUGCUGCGCUGGCUCGCCAGAUGCAGCUUGUCACGCUGGCCACGUGACCCGGAAGUGUCUGCGGACAGCACUGGCUCCUGGCCUCUAGAGUGAGAUGAGCGCACAACCCUAGAGUCUGGCAAGACUGGCCCGUACAGGCAGGGGUACCUUUACCUUUACUAGGCUGGUUACAACAGAAACAUUAGGCUACCCUCACAGCACAUUCCAAAGUAGACUAGAACACGGCUGCAGACUAGCUCUCUCAUAAACUCAAAGUUACAAAUUUAUUUCCUCUUUAGUUGUCUAGGGAAGGGGGGCCCACCCCCCUCUCAGAACACAGGUAAGCACAUACACAGGAUUUAUUUUUUAUUUUCUCUCUUUUCUUUCUACCACUUGGAGGACGACUCUCCUUUGGAGCCUCUCUCAAAUAACAAACAUUGGCACACCUCAUUCUCAUAUUUGUCUUGUUUAAGAUUGAUAAGGCCCAACAUGGCUUCCUUAGAUUACAUUUUUGAAGCAAAAUUGCAUUAUUAUUUUUUAGAUGGCACAUUUAAGAUAGGCAGCUGCUGGAUGUUACCCAAGGCCAAUUUAAACACAGGAGAAACGUUUCUUAAACACAAAUGGAAGGGGUCUGUCAGAGUCCAGGCGGGAAGUAAGCGCCAAUUGGGCUUCCUUCUUGCUGGGAGUCCUAGGACUUGUCUCUUUUGACAGGGGUGCACCCAUUUUCUAAGACUGACAAUCUCUGAAAGGGGAACCUAGGAAAACUCCUUAACUGGAAACUUUGGACACACUCUGAAAGGGGUUUUGGACACUCUCCAAACAGGGGAAACCUGGACAAUCUCCAAAAGGGGGAAAACUUGGACAAUCUCCAAAAGGGGACUUUACCCUCCCUCUUUUAAUCUCUGCCUGGGAACCCACAGCAACCUUCCUGCCUCUUACAAUCUGAAUUAAGAGUUCCAACUGAACGCUUGCACACUUGCAAUGUCACAUCAGAACUCAGAAACACAAAAAGGGGGAAAGAAAUUGGUGCCCUUGCCUUCUCUGUUCACAGGUCAUCUCUAACAAAGAUCGCCAUGGCAGGGGUGCGGCUGCGCAUGGGAGUUAUAGUUUUCAGUACAGAGGGAAGUACACAACCUUCUCUGGACGACCACCGAAGGAUUAGGUGAGCAUCUAGAAUUAAAGGGGAAAGAGACACACAAGACCCUCCUCUGGGCAACUCCGAUGGAUUCGGGUCUGUGGUGAAAAUUAGGUGAUGGAAAAGGAAGGGAGAAAGUUUAGAUUUGAAGGAAGGAAAGAAUUUUGGUUGCUGUGGUUUAGAGAACCCAACCCACUACCCGUGUUUCCUACUUAUACUCACCUCCGCAUGCGCUGUCCUGGCGAUCCCGGGAUCUCUUGACUUGUUGUUUAAGGCCGGCCUGAUUGAGCUUUGUUUCCUCUGGUUAACCUGCUGGACUAUGUCUAUGCUGGUUCUUGAAAUAGUCAGUAAACAUUAUCCAUUCCUCCUUAUAUUCCUUGUCUUCGUUUUCUCUUAUCCUGUUCGUCAGACCAGCCAGUUCAGCAUAUUCAAACAUUUUAUACUGCCAUUCUUCCUUAGUGGAUACUAUACCAUAUUUUACGCUCUAUAGGACGCACUUUCCCCCCUCCAAAAAUGAAGGGGAAAUGUGUGUGCGUCCUAUGGAGCGAAUGCCGACUCCCACUGAGCACUCGCCCAGCCCGCAAGCUCCAGGAGCGGCGGCAAGGCUGCGCAACCUUGCCUCCCCUCCCGGACCUGUUAUGGCGGCUGGGGUCAGGGGAAGCUCAGGCUUCCCCCGCCCCAGCCCCACGGCUAAAAACGAAGCCGCUCGCAGCCUUUCCUGGCUGGAGAGGUUGUGCGUGGCUAAAGAGGAAGCCAAGACAGCCAGCGGGAUGGAUCCGCUUUAUUUCCCCCCCUAAAAACUAGGUGCGCACUAUGGUCCGGUGCGCCCUAUGGAGCAAAAAAUACGGUACUUGUUCUCCACCUUUGUUGCCAAUAAGGUUCUAGCUGUGGUGGUGGCAUAUAGUAGUAAACUUUUUGUUUUGGGGUGGAAUGAGGGCCUAGGUUGCUUCUGUCUUCAACGGAAACGUGGUAGGUAUGUUGUAAUCAGCAACAUUGCAUUGAGCUUAACAUUAUCACCAAAUUGCUGAGAUCAGUCUAGAGGGGUCAUUUCAAAAGCAAAGGGUUGGCCCUUUAUUUCUCAGUCGACUCGCCCACGGAGAGCAGGAGGUUUGGGGAGUUGAGCAGAGAAUGCCACUCCUUCUCAUUGUGCCAGUUCCACUGCUUGCUUGCUUGCUCACCCAGAGAGCAGAAGUUACAAAAGGCAGCAACAACAGAGAGGAACCAUGAGGCUGAUCUGUGUUCCAUGGAGGUUAACUGUGGCCCGUGGCAGGUACCUGACGAUGCCGGACCCUGACGCCGUCUCUGCUUAUAACACAUCCAUCCCUUUGCUUUGCUGUCAAGGCCUGUUGUUUUGAAGGAUUGCUCUGCAAGAGCAGCCAAGUUGGCUGGCUGAUAAUAGACCCUGCACUCCCUGUCUCUAACACACACACCCCGCCCUAGGCAGCUCCCUCCUCCAGCCCUCAUCCCCAUCUCUGUCCAGGAGACAGGAGUUGCAAGCAUGUGAAUCCAGGGCAGGCUUUUGCUUCCAGCCACGGCCACCAUAAAACCCAGAGCAGGGCCAUAGCUAGGGGGUGGUGAGGUGGGCCCCUGCUAGGGGUGCAGGCUGGGGGUAGGGCACAAAAUCGGCUAAAAAUAUGUCUAUAAAUAAAGGUGUUGAUUAUUGCCUCAUAAGAAAAGGUUUUUAAUAGAGGGUGGGGCAGGGUGUUGGAGGGGAGGCGGAAAGAAGAGCCAAUUUGUCAGUGGCUUGGGGGUGGAAUCUGGAUAGUUCUGCCAGGGGCGCAAGAUCACCUAGCUACAGCUCUGGCCCAGAGGGGUGUUAUGUACUGAGUUGAAUAGGAUCCAAAAUACAGCAGUCUGAUUGGUCCUAGAACAACAGGAUCCAGAAUGCAGCAGUCUGAUUGGUCCUAGAACAAUAGGAUCCAGAAUGCAGAAGUCUGAUUGGUCCACAGGAGCCACCCAAUCCAACUCCAAGUGGAAGUGAAUCCGCAACCUGAUUGGCCUACAGGUGAAUCCCGGAAUUAGCCAAUCACGUGGGGCCCAUUGUGUAAAUAAUGUAUAUAAAGCAGACAUCCUGGGGGAACUUCCAUUCCUCCUCACCACUAUGAGCUGAAUAAAGAGCAUGAAAUCCACUCUCGACUCUGAGUAUAUUUCAGGGGUAAGUGGCAAUUUGCAAAGGGGAGGUUGUGUUUCCCUCUUGCUCUGUGGGGCUGAGGUUUUGCUUCCCGGUGUUCCUCAUCUCCAAACACCCUCCUUUAGCAACAGGCCCCCAGGGAAAAGGUCACAGGCCUGCCAGGCUAUUUCUAGCCGAGGCUGGAGGGAGAAAGCUCCCUAAUACUAUCUUUAGCUAUUAGGCCUUUGCCAGAAAGGAACAUGUGCACUCUGGGUUGUCGCGAAUGGCUGCCUGCAGCUGUCAUUCUGCCCGUAAAGGGGCACCGGUUGGCCGUGUGGGUUGAAGUGGGUGGGUGGGGGACGCCGUAUAAAUAGCGCGAGCCUGUCCAUUCUGGGGCGUGGGUGGCUCAGGGCAGGGUUUUGAGCUUGACUUUCUGAGUGCAGCCUUCUUUUUCCAGCAGAGCAAUGCCAACCCACCGGCUUGUGAUCGUGAGGCACGGCGAAAGCACCUGGAACCAGGAGAACCGUUUCUGCGGAUGGUUUGACGCUGAGCUGAGCGACAAGGGGAAGGAGGAAGCCCAGCGGGGGGCCAAGGCAGUCAAGGAUGCGGGCUACGAGUUCGACAUCUGCUACACCUCAGUGCUGAAGAGGGCCAUCCGCACCCUCUGGUACAUCUUGGACGGCACCGACCAGAUGUGGCUGCCCGUGAUUCGCACCUGGCGCCUGAACGAGCGCCACUACGGGGGCCUGACGGGCCUCAACAAGGCCGAGACUGCAGCCAAGCAUGGAGAAGAGCAGGUCAAGAUCUGGAGGCGCUCCUACGACAUCCCACCACCCCCCAUGGAUGAAAAACAUGAUUACUAUCAAAUCAUCAGCAAGGUCAGUGCUGGGUAUGAAACUCUGGAGAGAGAGAGAGAGCAUAUCCUCUAAUUUCUCUGAUGAAAAUAGGGACGUCCUAUUCAAUAAUAAUAAUAAUAAUAAUUAAUAAUAAUAAUAUCCCGCCCAUCUGAUUGGGUUGCCCCAGCCACUCUUGGGGGCUUCCAACAUACAUAAAAACAGAAUAAAACUUUAAACAUUAAAAAAAAACUUCCCUUUACAGUGCUACAUUCAGAUGUGUUCUAAAGGUUGUACAGUGGUACCUCGGGUUACACACGCUUCAGGUUACAGACGCUUCAGGUCACAGACUCCGCUAACCCAGAAAUAGUACCUCGGGUUAAGAACUUUGCUUCAGGAUGAGAACAGAAAUUGUGCGGCGGCAGCAAGAGGCCCCAUUAGCUAAAGUGGUACCUCAGGUUAAGAACAGUUUCAGGUUAAGAACGGACCCCCAGAAUGAAUUAAGUUCUUAACCCGAGGUACCACUAUAUCUCCUUGGCUCACAGGUCGCAUACCCUCCCAACAUUUCUCUGACGAAAAUAGGGAUGUCCUAAGGAAAAGUGGGACAUUCCAGGAGUUGCAGUCCAGCAACAUCUGGAGGGCCACAGGUUUCCUACACUUGCAGUGAGAGGCUAGUUUUUGUUUUGUUUUUUACUUGCCUGUUGUGAUAGGAGAAAAUUGCCUUGCAUUUUACUCAACAUGCAGAAAUGGUACAUAAAAGUCAUCAUCAACAGCACUGUCCUUUCAUUUAUAUAAAAUAAAACUAUACUCAAGGUGACAUACAAUAGGGGGGGAAAUACAUAAUUACAAAUAUAAACAAUAAAUAACGUGCAUCAAAAAGUACACAACAAAAUCGAUAAGUUUCCACAUAAACUAUAAAUCAUAAGAUAUUAAAAUGUAGCUACAAAAAAUUAACACUAAUAACAGAAAGAAAAACGCCCAAGAAAAAUCCAAAAACAAUACGCUCGCUGGUGACCAAUGGGAUGGGGUUAUGCUGCAAGAAAGGCUGACGUGAUGGCCUUUGUGGAACAGAAGGGGAUCCUUUGGUUGGUGAGAAGUCUAUUGUGGUUCUGCAGCUGAGAUGUUUUGUCUGGCUAGGAUACUCCUCCGGUAGCAUCAAGGUACAGGGUUUGGCUUCUGCAAGAAUAGGGCCACUUGAGGAAUGUGUUUGGAUAAAACAGCUGAAGAGCCUGAGGAUCUCCCUGGCUGCUGGACCGAGCCCACGAAAGCUUUUUCAAGGACUGAAAAGGAAGCCUCCCUUGUUUCUCUCCUGUCUGACCCCACCAGGACAAAGCAACUUUCCACCAGCUUAUGUUAUGAAAGACCCAUUGAGUUACCCUUCCUUUCCCACUCGCCGCACACUCUGCCAGUUUGCUGCUUCCACAUAUUUAAUAUACAAAGCUGUCUUCCGCUGAAUGAGGCUGUCUGCGGAUCCAGUUUAGUGCUGUCUACUCUGACUGGCAGAGACUCUCCCUGGUCUCAGGCUGAAGGUAUUUCCCAUCUUGGAGAUCCAGCCUCCUUGGUGGACUAGUCCACCCCUAGCACUCCUACUCUAUGCAGGCAGUCCAGAGCUAGAGCGGCCCCAACAUAUGGCUGUCCAGCUUCAACUUCCAGCAAUAAGUGCUCAUCACCCCUCUAGGUCACUGGCACCGUGGUUGAACUACUGUUACUAUUAAGAGCCCGUCUUUCUGUAAUCUUUUACACACACACACACAAAUUAAGUUUUCUAAAUUACAUUUCAAAAUACUCAUUUACACAACCUUAAAUCAAUGACUUCCCUCCGUCUCGUUCCGUGGUUCAUUUUGCAUACCAUACAUCCCUGCAUAAAACCAUUCAGUAAUCUAUUGUUACACCAUCAAAACUUAUUUACACUGUUGAAAUUAUCUUAAUGCCACCCGUGUUUUUAAAUGUACAGUCUUCCCCCAUAUAAUCAGUAAACAUUUUCCAGUCUUCUUUAAACUUAUAUUCUUCUUGUUCUCUUAUUCUAUAUGUUAAGUCUGCAAGCUGCGCCUAUCCCAUCAGUUUAAGUUGCCAUUGCACAUGCUUUUCCAAUGCACUUUGCUCACAUCUACACCAUACAUUUAAAGCACAUGACUUACCCCAAAGAAGUCUGCUGAGGGUGCUGGGAAUUGUAGCUCCAUGAGGGGUAAACUACUGUUCCCAUUAUUAUUUGGGAUAAGCCAAGUGAUGAUGGGAGUUGGAGUCCAUUCUGCUUUAAUUCUGCAGGCUAGACUUCAGCAAGAUAUCCCAUGGAAAACCACCAGCAGUGAUCUGAAAGGCUUUCUUCAUCCCCCUCCAGCAGAUCUGCCAACUUUGUGACUAUUAGGUUCUCCUUCCCAGUGGCAUAUCCCUUUCCUAUUAUUAUUAUUAUUAUUAUUAUUAUUAUUAUUAUUAUUUAUAUACCACCCUAUACCCAGAGGUCUCAGGGCGGUUCACAGAAAAGAUCACAACAUAUAUAAUCAGAAUAAAAACGACAACCCAAUAGCACACCCACCCACCCCAGAAAAGAGCCACAUUUUAAAAGGGUAUAGGAUGUCAAACAGAUCAAAGGCCUGGUUAAAAAGGAACAUUUUUGCCUUGCACCUAAAGGUGUAUUAUGAACUUCCCUGGGGAGAGCAUUCCACAGACGGGGAACCACUGCAGAGAAGGCCUGUUCUCGUGCUGCCACCCUCCAGACCUCUCAAGGAGGCACACGAAGGAGGGCCUCAGAAGAUGAUCUCAGGGUCUGGGUAGGUUCAUAUGGAAAGAGGUGGUCCUUGAGGUAUUAAUGAAGACCCUCCUGAUGGUGAGGAGUCUUAUAUCCCAGACCUUUAUAGCCUUUACUUCUAACUGGUCUGAGAGUCACCUCUGAUAACUGGGAACUAUAUACUGACCCUUUUGAAGGCUCCCAAAGCAGCUUAAAGAGAGAACCAUUGACAAUGUAGUCAAGCCCAGAAUUACUAUCCAGCCCUUUGCCAGAUUUCUGAGCACCUAAAGUUGGGAUGAACCACAAUGGGCAGAGACUACAGGCCACAAAGGAUGCUCUUUGUGCUCCUGCCAACCAGUUGGUCCACCUAGAAGCUCCUGGGGUCGGGCCUAUAACUGUCAACGUUUCCCCUUUUUAAAGGGAAAUUCCCUUAUUCCGAAUAGGAUGCCUCGCAAGAAAAUGGAAAAGUUGACAGCUAUGGUUGGGCCAGAUCUCUUAAGCCUCCCCGCUCUAGUCCAGAAUUUACCAUUGUUUUCCCCACUGCACCAUCCAGGCACGGCGCUAUGCUGGUUUGAAGUCUGGGGAUCUUCCUUCUUGUGAGAGCCUCAAGGACACCAUUGCCCGUGCCCUGCCCUUCUGGAACGAUGAGAUUGCGCCCCAGAUCAAAGCUGGCAAGAGGGUGCUUAUUGCUGCCCAUGGCAACAGCCUUCGGGGAAUUGUCAAGCACUUGGAAGGUAAGGGGCUACCUUGCAUCACCUGCCAACCUGCAUCUCAUGCAUUCUUUUGUUUUCCCAUCCUCUCUGUCUCAUAACUUGCAUAGGGCAUUUUUGCUCAAUUAUGGGCAAAAGGCCACCUCUGUUCAUUUGAUUUUUAGCUUCUACAUGAACACUGCAACUGAUUGGGGUAGUGUACAGUAUUUAAGCCUUGUGGGAGGGGGGAAGGGUGCUCGCUUCGGCAGCACAUAUACUAAAAUUGUGAGGGGAAAAGGUUCACCUUUCUUUUUAAAAGUCAAGUUUUCAGUCUUCAGCUAUAAAUCUCAGUGGCCAGAGAAGACUCUGAGCAGGAUUUCCAGUUAUUUAGGAAAGAGCUUCGGUAAUCUGUAAAAUUCUGUCCCCACCCCCUACUUUGGCUGACCAGAGGGAGAAAAUGUUAUGCAAAAUUGGCAUAUUUUUGCAAAUUAUAAAAGUGAAUCGUUUACACAGCUCUUGCUCUCACAGAAUUUGAGUUAGCCUGGUACUGAAUUGUGGUCGUCGUCUUCUUUUUUUUAAAAAAAAUGUAAACCUGCCCUGGAGACUGUGGUUUGGGCUUGAGCACAAAGCUCAUUCAUUAUAAGGAAGCAGGGGAUUCUGGGAAGGCGCUAAGAACAUAGGAAACUGCCUUAUACCGAGCCAGGCCAUUGGUCCAUAUAGCUCAGUAUUGUGGACACCGAUUGGCCCUGGCUCUCCAGGGUUUCAGAUGGGCUCUUUCCCAUCUCUGCCUGGAAAUGAACUGAACUGCGGAUCUUCCGCAUGCAAGACGGGGGGGUCAGCUUUCAGCUCCUCCGCUGCUGCAGUGCAGUAUUGCCGCUCGGGUCCCAGCAGCGUUUUGCCCUUGCAGCUCCACAGUCCGAUCUAGCAGGGAUGCUCGUGGGGUAUUUGUGAGGCCAGGGUACCAGAGAAGACGCCUGGGGCCAUCAUGAAAAACCUGUAUCGCUUUACAGGUGACCUUUAGUGGGGCAGAGUGCCAGCUCCCUGGCUUCUGAGCUAUGUACUCUAUAGCCUUCCCACUUUAACCUGCAUGGUUUCAGUGCCUCCUUGGAAAAAACCCCAAACUCUCUCUGCCGGAAGCAUUGCUGAGAAGCACGCAGCAUCCUUUGCCAGUUUCAUUGAUUCAGAAGUGAUGGUUCUGCACACAUGAUUUAGUAUUUCAGGGUCAGUGCGCCUGGGCUGCUCCUGACCAACCCUAUAUCCUCAGGCAGCUGACUAAAAGAGCUCCGUGCUCUACGACCUGCAGCCUGCUUGAAGGUUGCGUUGCUAUUUCCAGUCCGGAGUCGCGUUACAAGAUUUGAGGUUGGCAGAGUUCAUGUUCCCAGGCUUGGCUACUGCCAUCUCCGUCCCAGGCCCUGCUGGUAGCCUCAUCGUCCACCACCUCUGCCCCGAGAUUCUGUUUCCCUGACCUCUGUGAAUGUGCCCUGUCCCAAAAGGGCACGGGCAUACCAAGGAGGCUGCUUACAAUUCUAGAGGAAGAGCGGGCAGCAUAUAUUAUAGGUCACGCAAGCUGGCACUAGCACCUUUGAGCUUCCCUAGUGUCCUCUGCUGGUAGCUGCUGAGACUGCUGGUUUGGGAAGCUUCGUAUCUUAGGCAUUUCUUUGGAGACAGCAAUAUGCUGCUUGUGUUGGCUGCAGAGAGUCAGUGUGUUGCUUGUGGUGCUUCAUUUUAAGCACAGCACGGAACACAUCUCGCUAGACAAUUACCGUAUUUUUUGCUCUAUAAGACUCACUUUUUCCCUCCUAAAAAGUAAGAGGAGAUGUGUGUGCGUCUUAUGGAGCGAAUUCAGGCUGCGCAGCUAUCCCAGAAGCCAGAACAGCAAGAGGGAUUGCUGCUUUCACAGCGCAGCGAUCCGUCUUGCUGUUCUGGCUUCUGAGAUUCAGAAUAUUUUUUUUCUUGUUUUCCUCCUCCAAAAACUAGGUGCGUCUUGUGGUCUGGUGCGUCUUAUAGAGCGAAAAAUACGGUAUCUAUGUGGAUUAAAAAAAAAGAAGAAAAUUAAGCCACAGGGGUUAAUACUUUCCAGAGGAGCAGCUUUUUCAGGAUGUUGCAGCAAAGAUAACAAACAAUCUGGGGUGGCUUUCAUGCUAAACCAUGAUCUAACACUAUUAUUAUUAUUAUUACUAUUAUUUAUUAUUUAUACCCCGCCUAUCUGGCUGGGGGAAACCAACAGAAUAUUCUGUUGGCGGCUCCCAACAGAAUAUUAAAACCACGAUAAAGCAUCAAACAUUAAAAACUUCCCUAAACAGGGCUGCCUUCAGAUGUCUUCUAAAAGUCAGAUAGUUGUUUAUUUCCUUGUCAUCUGAUGGGAGGGCAUUCCACAGGGCGGAUGCCACUACUGAGAAGGCCCUAUGCCUGGUUCCCUGUAACCUCACUUCUCGUAGUGAGGUAAUCGCCAGAAGGCCCUCGGAGCUGAAUGAUGGGGGUGGAGAUGCUCCUUCAGGUAUACUGGGCCAAGGCUGUUUAGGGCUUUAAGAGUUAGCACCAACACUUUAAAUGUGCUCGGAAAUGUACUGGGAGCCAAUGUAGGUCUUUCAGGACCGAUGUUCUGUGGUCACUGUGAGCAAACCUCAGGCUUCCAUUCUUCCCCUCCCCUCUCCUCUUGGACGCUGCAAGGAGAACACUAGAAACAUGGUGACACAGAAGAAGAACAGUUUCUGUGUGUCCAGACCAGGCAUACUUUUUAUGUUUGAGGACUGAGCUCCUUCACUGCAAAUUAAUUAUUAUUAUUAUUAUGUAUACCCCACCCAUCUGGCUGGGUUUCCCCAGCCACUCUGGGCAGCUUCCAACAAAAUAUUAAAAUACAAUAGUAAACAUUAAAAAAAAUACAGUAGUUAAACAUUAAAAGCUUCCCUAAAUAGGGCUGCUUGUUUAGGUAUUAGAGCCAAGUGCUGGCUCCUUUUGGCCCCUUCUAGCUCUCCUAGGCAGAUGUAUUGUCGCUUGAGAUGGGUGACUGGCCAUCUGUAUGUGUGGUUCUUAGGUUGCAAGACACUAUCUCUGACAAUUGCAGCGCUUUGACAAUGCACAGAGGGGGACCAUCUGACCUUGUCUGGUUCACCACUUAGGUAUGUCUGAUGCGGCGAUUAUGGAGCUCAACCUCCCGACUGGGAUUCCCAUUGUGUAUGAGUUAGACGACAACCUGAAACCUACGAAGCCCAUGCAGUUCCUGGGUGAUGAAGAGACCGUGCGAAAGGCCAUGGAGGCUGUGGCAGCCCAGGGCAAAGUCAAGAAGUGAGAGGAAGCGAGAAGAGGCACUGGUGAAAUAAACGUUUGAAAACCCCA